GAAAAUCUAUGAGUCGAAACACGUGAGACGGUGAGAGACCUCCGUUUCUUCAUUUCUAGGUUUCGGUUGGAAAAUUGAGAGAAGAGAGGGUGUCGGCAUGAACGUGGUGGCAAGCCAAGCAGCCAACGGCGGUCGGACCGUUUUGAUAACGGGCGUGAGCAAAGGGCUCGGCCGAGCACUCGCCGUCGAGCUGGCCAAGCGCGGCCACACCGUAAUCGGCUGCUCCCGUUCGCAGGAUAAGCUCACCUCCCUCCAAUCCGAACUCUCCUCCGACAACCACCUCUUCCUCGCCGCCGACGUCAGCUCGAAUAGCAGCAUCCAGGAGCUGGCUCGGAUCGUCAUGGAGAAGAAGGGCGUCCCCGAUAUCAUCGUCAACAACGCCGGCGUCAUCAACAGCAACAACAAGCUCUGGGAGGUUCCGGCCGACGAGUUCGACGGCGUCAUCGACACCAAUGUCAAAGGCGUCGCUAACGUCUUGCGCCACUUCAUCCCUCUCAUGCUCAAGAGGGAUCCCGCUCCGGCUACUGGAAUCAUCGUCAACAUGUCUUCCGGCUGGGGCAGAUCCGGUGCCGCACACGUGGCGCCUUACUGUGCCUCCAAAUGGGCCGUGGAGGGCCUGACCCGCUCCGUGGCCAAGGAGUUGCCCAAGGACAUGGCCAUUGUGGCUCUCAACCCCGGGGUCAUCCACACUGAUAUGCUUGUGUCCUGCUUCGGCCCCCAUAAUAUGGAUAGUUACCCGGAGCCUCGGGUAUGGGCUGUCAAGGCUGCUACAAUGAUAUUGCAUCUUACCCCAGCUGACAAUGGUGCUUCUCUCUCUGUCUGAGGAUUACCCAGCCAAUCAGUGCUUGCUUUUACAUGGAGGCGUGUCCACUAAUGAGCACAUGUUCUGUUUUAUAAAGCACUUGUCGUUAUGGCCAUUUGCAGACCAUUAUUACAUGAUUGAAAUUUUGGCAAACGGAUUUGAAGUUUUGUCCAUGAGAUUGACUCUUACUGAAACGUACUCAUUACAUCUCACU